UCCAAACGCUCGGCGAACGAAGGGCGGCGAUAAGUAGCGAGAAAUUUGGGCGCGAGAUCUCUGCCCCAGCUGCGUAGGAGAAAAUGGGAAUGGGAAGAUGGUUGAAGAUAGCUGUGCUUGUGGGGAUCCUGGGGAUAUUUAGAGGAUUGAUAAAGAAUUAUGGAUGGGACUGGGACAAAGACGUAGCUAUUCAGAUAUUGAAAGAUCAGUAUGAUAAACUGGGUAUUUGGGCCAUCCCACUGUACGUCGCUAUACAUACACUCUCUCUCGCUCUCUGUUUGCCCUCUUCUGUUUUCUUGGAAGCCGCCGCUUCUCUGCUAUUUGGCUUUUUCCCGGCCCUGCUCUGCGUCUUCUCGGCUAAGGUGCUCGGUGCUUCUCUUUCGUUCUGGAUCGGCAGGUUAAUCUUGAGAAGUUCAAGUUCAGCAGUAGGGUGGGCUCAGAAAAACAAAUAUUUUCAUCUCCUUUCUAGAGGAGUUGAGCAAGAUGGUUGGAAAUUUGUACUUCUUGCUCGCUUCUCUCCUUUGCCCUCCUAUGUUGUUAACUAUGCACUUGCUGCUACUAAAGUAGGGUUCUUGUUGGAUUUUCUGCUUCCCACUGUUAUCGGAUGCAUCCCAAUGAUCCUGCAGAAUACUUCUCUUGGAAGCCUUGCUGGUGCUGCUGUUGCUACGGCCUCUGGCUCUGGGAAAUCUCCAAUAUGGUCUUACCUGUUUCCAGUAGUUGGUAUACUAUCUAGUGUGCUUAUUUCUUUGAGAAUCAAGAAGUACUCAAAGUCACGUUUCAAUAGCUAAAAGCUUUCUGUUCAAAGAUAACCCUUUUGACCUGGGGUAGAACUUAUCUGGAAAUGAAGUGCCCUGAAAAGAGUUAGUCUUUUGGGUUGAUAUUCAUAUUUAGUCUCUGACAUGUUCUAUUAUGCCGACUCCUUAUAGGACUUUUUUUUUGUCCUAUCCCUUUUCUUCUUAGGACUGUUUUUUGUGAUAACACUUGCACCAAUGAUCUACUUAUGAACGUCACACAGCUAAAAGAAUCCAUGUAUUGGUGGUGAGUGGAAUUAAUUGUUGAGAGUAUUUCUUCAGUAGGUCCAAGUACUAGAAAAGUCGUCAGCAAAGGAGUUGGCCAUGUGAAGUUCCUUUGCGUCA